AUGUGGACACGAUCAGCAAGUUCGAGCUCAACAUGUGUGUGCCAGACACGAGCCCGAGCGGGUUGGCUUUCAGGUGAUGGAGGCUGGUUUAGUACUAGUUGUAAGUCUGCUGGGACUGCCCGAACCCGAAGGACGCGCAUAAGUUUUCUGCACAAUGUGCUUGGUUGCCCAAGGUCUUACGCAAGCACGGCAGCAGAAACGCACGAGGAGUCUCAUGAUCCUGAAGAAGAUGACAGGUAUAGACGAUACUAUACCGAUCGCCGUGUUGUUGACGUACAAAAUGGAUUGAGAUUUGGUGACGAGGGCGACCAGCAGGCUGCAGUCGCAUUUUCCUGCACUCUCGCGAAUUAUGGGAUAGAAAGACCAGGGUUGCGUAGCAUAACCGAUUAUGGUGACAAGGGAC